AGUUUGCAAAGUGAUGACUGGUUUUCAUUGAUCCAGCCACACCUUACUGCCUAGUAUCCCCUCCUCUCAUACCAACUAAGGCUUAGUAGGGCACUUUGUGGUCUCAACCCUAACAAGGUAAGUGAGCACAAAGAAAACUGAUGUGCACCACAGCUCGGGCAUUCUUCAGGUAAAAAGAUGGCUUAUAUAGAACAUUUGGAGGCUUAAAAGAAAAUUGGGAGUAGGGGAAGGAGGCAAUCAAGCAGGAAAACAUUUCCCAAAUGCCUACCAGCCAUGUUCUGGGCACAAUGGUAGGCUCUAUCUGUGAUGUCUUAUUUAACCUAAGUGGGAGAAGAAUGUGAAUAAACGGCUGGAUUUCUGAAUUGCAUAAAAAGAGAAGCCAAUAACUUUUUCCUUUAUUUGACUGAAACCAAUUAUUUGUGCAUUUAUAGCUUUUGCAGUUAAAAAUAAGAGUGGAAAAGUCACUGGAAUGUCCAAUUUCAAAUAAAAUAUUUGAUUUCUGAUUUCUGCUUUUCAAACAAACCAACCACCACCACCACCACCAACAAAAACCUAGAAACAUUAUGAAAGAUUUUAGUGUGUAGGAGGAAAUGUCACUAGGUUGAUGGGCCUAGCCAGAACACCUAACACCCUCCAUCCACCCUCCAAACAGGCUGCGGCCCUGCAGACAGCACCACCUGAAACCACUUUUAUAGAAGGUUUUACACUCUAUACUUGAUUUUUAAUGAAAACAUUCUUAGCAAUAAAUUCAUAUGGCUAAUCCAAGUUUGUUUUCCAUAGGCAUAAAAUUAAAAACACCUGGCAGGAUUGCCCCAUUCCCAGCAAUAUUAUUUCUCCCCUAAUAUCCUGUAACUUUUAACACACUAGGCUGGGACUCCACUGUUGAACAGCUGUGAUCUAUAAAUUCUCUCAAAACUACCUCCUCUCCUUAGGUCAGCAGCCCCGCCCUGAUCUAUUUAUUUAUCCCCUGAAUAAAUGUUGAAUAUCAAAAACCAAAGCCAAAAUCCAGAAAUUUAAAUUCAACCCGUAGGUAAAAAAUUUCUCAAGUGACUGUGGACGUAGAUGUCUCCAGUGUCGACUCACUAAUAAAGCAGAAGAGGCCAGUGUGAUAAUGUCUUUAUACCCUUAACUUGGGUGCUAGAGUAUUUAUCUUCAUCAUCAUUUUAUAAUCCAAAGUAUUUUGCAUAACUUUCAUCAGUGCAGAAAUUGUUUCUUAAGUGAUAGGUAAAAUCAACAGUGAUGUUCAUUCAUUCAUUCGUCUCACUGAAUAAGCAAUAAAUUCCUUGAUGCCAAGAGCCUCGGGGGGGCACAUCUUCAUCUUUGGUUUAUGAGUCCUGAGCGACCUGGAACAAGGAAUACUACUAUGAGCCGGAAAGUCAGACCUAUUGGGUAGGGGACGAAAGGAAGGAACUUGUUUUGAUUGCUAAGAAAAUGUUUUGUUCUCUAUCCUUUACUGGGCUGGCAGGCAAAGGGAAUGUUCUUUAAAAACACUCACAUUGAAAACUUAAGUUUCACUAAAUGCACAGUCUGUGAAGGCCGCGCCUCUGGGGGCUGCCUCCACAUCCCGCCCGUCUCGACCGGCCACGAGGUCCUGACCACGGACGCUGUGGCUGCGCCUCUGCUCGCACUUUCCCGCGGCCUCUGGACUCCCUCCCUCCCUCAAUCCCUCCCUCCGGCGGCGUCGCUGGCUGGUGGCUGGGCCUAGCCGCAGGAAGCAGACGCGGAUCCUCCGUCCAGCGGCGCCCGUUCGGCCUUCCGUCUGUUCCAGCGCCUGCUCCUGCGCUGCAGCGGCUUUGGAAGGUCUCGGGGCCCCUGCACCUUCCCAGGGAUGAACCGGGGCUUCCCUCUGGAAGCGAGGGUUCGGGCCACCGUGAGCGAGUUCCGGGCGGUGGGCGUGCCCAGAGGGAGACUGUUUCAGCUGAGACAGAAUCAGAGUAGCGGAUGAGGCGCCUGUGGGGUGCGGCCCGGGAGCCCUCCGGCGCGGGAUGGGAGGAGUGGGCAGAGGCGCCACAGGAGGCUCCCGGGGCCUGGUCUGGCCGGCCGGGCCCCGGGCGCCGUGGAGGGAAGGGAUGGGGGGCGCCCGGCUGGGCUUCCUGGCCAGCUCACCUUGCCCUGGCAGCGGGCCCCGCCCAGCACUCGGGAGGAGCCGGGCUGGGCCCGCGGCCUUCGGAUUCCCGGACCGCCCCCUCCCGCUCCCGGGCCAGCGGCGAGCGGCAGAGACGGCUGGAGCCGCAGCGGCAGCAUGAGAGCCGGUGCGGCUCCUCCACGCCUGCGGACGCGUGGCGAGCCGAGGCAACUCUGCCUGUUCGCGCCAUGGGGGUGCCGUCGGGCUCGCUGGCGGCUGCGGCAGCGGCGGGCGGGCGGCGCGGGUGGCGCCGAGGACGGGGGCUGCCGUGGACCAUAUGGGUGCUGGCGGCCGCCGGCUUGACGUGUACCGCGCUGAUCACCUACGCCUGCUGGGGUCAGCUGCCGCCGUUGCGCUGGGCGUCACCGACCCCGCCGCCGCCGACCCAGCAGCCGGCGACCCCGCCGCGGCCGGUGGGCGUGCUGCUGUGGUGGGAGCCCUUCGGGAGGCGCGGCGGCGCUGCGAGGCCGCCCCCAGACUGCCGGCUGCGCUUCAACAUUAGCGGCUGCCGCCCGCUCACCGACCGCGCCACCUAUGGAGAAGCUCAGGCAGUGCUUUUCCACCACCGCGACCUCGUGAAGGGACCCCCCGACUGGCCCCCGCCCUGGGGCGUCCAGGCGCGCACUGCGGAGGAGCUGGAGCUGCGCGUGUUAGACUACGAGGAGGCAGCGGCAGCGGCGGCGGUGACUGAAGCCCUGGUGACCUUGGGUCCCAGGCCCCCGGGGCAGCGCUGGGUUUGGAUGAACUUCGAGUCGCCGUCGCACUCCCCGGGGCUGCGAAGCCUGGCAAGUAACCUCUUCAACUGGACGCUCUCCUACCGGGUGGACUCGGACGUCUUCGUGCCUUAUGGCUACCUCUACCCCAGAAGCCACCCUGGCGAACAGCCGUCGGGCCUGGCCCCGCCACUGUCCCGGAAACAGGGGCUGGUGGCCUGGGUGGUGAGCCACUGGGACGAGCGCCAGGCCCGGGUCCGCUACUACCACCAGCUGAGCCAGCACGUGGCCGUGGACGUGUUCGGGCGAGGCGGGCCCGGGCAGCCGGUGCCCGAAAGCGGGCUCCUGCACACAGUGGCCCGCUACAAGUUCUACCUGGCUUUCGAGAACUCGCAGCACCUGGAUUAUAUCACUGAGAAGCUCUGGCGCAACGCGUUGCUCGCCGGGGCGGUGCCAGUGGUGCUGGGCCCAGACCGUGCCAACUAUGAGCGCUUCAUGCCCCGCGGCGCCUUCAUCCACGUGGACGACUUCCCAAGUGCCUCCUCCCUGGCCACUUACUUGCUUUUCCUCGACCGCAACCCUGCCGUCUAUCUCCGCUACUUCCACUGGCGCCGGAGCUACGCUGUCCACAUCACCUCCUUCUGGGACGAGCCUUGGUGCCGGGUCUGCCAGGCUCUGCAGAGGGCUGGGGACCAACCCAAAAGCAUACGCAACUUGGCCAGCUGGUUUGAGCGGUGAGGCCACCCUCCCCUGGAAGUAACCCGGGGGAGGCCAAGUUGUCAGCUUUUUGAUCCUCUAAUGUGCAUCGUCUUGACUGCUGAAUCAUGGGACUAAGUUCCUCAAACACCCAUUUUUGCUCUAUGGGAAAAACGCGAUUUACCCUAUUACUCAGCACAGAAAUGGGGGCUCAGUUUCCAUAUUUUUUGCAGAGCUAGCACUUGGGCUCCCUUUGUUGUUGAUGGGCAUCAUUGUUUAGGGGUAAAGGAGGGGGCUGUUCCUCACCUUGUAACCAGUGCAGAGAUGAAAUCGCUUAGCUGCAAGAAGCCGUUGAGGCGGUUUCUCUAAAUUUCCUCGUCUACCACAGGCCAUAUUUGUGUCCCGUGCAGCCUCUAAAUCGCAUACACACUGUUCCCAACUCACAUUUUUCUGGACCGUGAAGCAAAUCUCUGGUUUUAGAAGGAGGCUUGUUGGUGGAGAGUGGAAGGACUGUGGCUGCAGUGGGUUGUUUAGAUUCCUCACAGCCUUGGCUCCUGAGAAAGGUAAGGAGAGUAGUCCAAGAGGGGCCUCUGACUUGAUUAACAAGUACUAUCUGUUCCCCUGUCCUGUGAAUGGAAGCAAAAUGCUGGAUUGUCCUUGGAGGAAAAUUAAGAUGAAUACAUGGGUGUACCUCACUUUACCUAAGAAAUGUAUUCCUGAAAAGCUGCAUUUAAAUCAAGUCCCAAAUUCAUUGACUUAGGGGAGUUCAGUAUUUAAUGAAACCCUAUGGAGAAUCAUCCCUUUACAAUGUGAAUAACCAUUUCCUAAUUUAUUUAUUCUGUCUUUAUGUUUUUCUAUACCCUGGAUUUUUUUUAAAAGUAUAGUAAAAUCACAGAGGUGAAAAUAAAGCAGGAGCAACCCUCUUCCCUCCUCCCAGAAAACCAGCGUUUGUUUACAGACAGAAGAAAAGGAAGCCACAGUGUCAUUUCCACAAAAUUAUUUAUUUCAUGUCUUUUCUGGACCUGAAAUUUAAACUGGAAUGCCAGUCCUGCAGGGCUGCUGGUAUUACCCUCUGCAGAACAGUGAAAGGUACUACACUACAUUAUGGAAUCAUGUAAAAGGAAAAAAAGUUUCAUGAUGUCUGUAAGUGACAGUUUUUGUUUAUCUCUGUCAGUUCUUAAAUGUUUAGAUCCUAGGAACUACAUCAGUGCCUACUAUUAACUUACUCUGUCUCUUGUUGAAGGCUAAAUCUGCACUUCUCCCUGAUGCCAGCAGGUUCCCCUUGUAGUCAAUGUAGUAAUAUAGCAUAUCCUCACAUUUCCAGGGCCCUUGAGACUGUGCUAUGGAACCAAACUUGAACCUACAUGCAUUGACUUGACAAGUUACUGAGUGAGCAGCAUAUUCAGCACGUGCCACUAUGUGCCUAUUCUGUGCCAAAUACUGAGCUUGGAGCCCUAGGGAAGAUAGAGAAUUAUACAAGACAAGGUCCUCCUUUUUAGGGCUCUUACAAUCUGUCACUUCCAAAAAGUAAAUAGGGACUGAUAAAACAAUUGGCAGGACCUGAUUGAUUACUGUGACUGUCUUAAUGAUGCCAUAAAUCAUUAUUAGAAAGCUAGUUGACUUAAAGCUUGGAAUAUUGUGAGUUUUCUCCUCCACUUAUUAGAAUAAGGACAUUCAGUGACUAAUUACUGUGGGUAGAGUCAAGAUUAACUAAGUUUUAUACAGAGUUCUGCUGUAAAUAGUCGUUUGUAUUUGAUUAGUGCAAUUAUCUAAAUCAUAAAGCAAGUUUUACCUCUACAUUUUUUUGCAGACAUACUUGAAAACCUCACUUAAAUCUAGGUGCUUCAGUUCUCUUUCUUGAAAGGAGAAAUGAAAAGCUGUGGAUAAAAUGUCCUCAUUAAAGUAUUAUAGCGGGCGGAAUUACAAUUACAAGUGCCAGCCACUCAAUAAAGAUAAAAGUUCUAUUCUUAACAUGAGUUUUUAUGAGGUAACAGUCAGUGAUCUUGGUGUUGCUGGGAUUCUACAUGGGGCAGUGGGAAAGAGUUCAGGUAUUGAAGGUAACGUAGUUUAGAUUUGAAUUCCAGCUAUGUGACAUUAGGUAAAUUAGUCGUAGCCCUGAGCCUCAGCUUCCUCAUCUCUAAAAUCACUGAGGAAAAUACUUCACAAGCUCAUUCUGAGCAUUUCAGCAAGUAAAUGAAGGUACCCAAAAUUGCAGAUACCCAAUCAUUGAUUUUCUAUCUUCCUUCUUUGCUUGCAGUGAUUUCAAGAUGUCCUCAUUUCUAUUUAUAGGUCUAAAAUGAAAUCUCAAGGUAUUUUGUAGAAUGAAUCUGAAAUAAAAAGGAUGGUGCCUCAUAUCGUAUAUUUCAAACGAGUCCCUAUAGCUAAGCCAUAUUUCAAGAAUCAUGAUUACCAUUUAGAUUAAGCUUGAACUUGCAAACUAGAAGAAGCACUUAGGCUUUCUUUGAAAAGAAUUUUUUUGUUUUGUUUUGGUAAAGCUCUCUCGUUAAAUUAGUGUCUAUUAUUUUACCAAUUUUUUAGUAUUAAGUCCAUUUAAAACUAACCAUGUUUUUAUAGAAUAUUUAGCAUGAGGAAAGUAUAAAUGCAUUUUUUUGUUUGUUUUUGAGAUGGAGUCUUGCACUCUUCUCCCUGUUGGAAUGCAGUGUUGUGAUCUUGGCUUACUGCAACUUUUGCGUAUUGGGUUCAGACGAUUCUCAUGCCUCAGCCUCCUGAGCAGCUGGGACUACAGGCAUUUGCCACCACACCCGGCCAAUUUUUUGUAUUUUUAGUACAGAUGCGGUUUCACCAUUUUGGGCAGGCUUGUCCUGAACUCCUGACCUCGUGAUCCACCCACCUCAGCCUCCUUAAGUGCUAGGAUUACAGGUAUGAGCCACUGUGCCCAGCCAUUGCAUUUUUAUUCACAUACAAGUUGUUAAUAUGGAACAAUUUUUCAACACUAAUCUCAUCAGAGAGCAAGAUAAAUGUGGCAAUUGCUCAUUUUAUUUUCCAUAUACGAAACUGAGUAGGUUCAGCUCUAACAUACCUUAAGAAAAAUGCAUAUCAAUUCACUGUAUGUAUUUCAAAAUGCUUUUUCUAUGAUUGUCAUGUCCUCCCUUAAGGCUUUUCCCUUAAAUUUAUUACAAAUUUAGUAUUUUUAGUACUUGAUGACUUUAAUUACAUAAAUGCAUCUGGAAUGACAUUUGUAUCAGAAGAAAAUCUGACUUUCUUUCAGUAUUCAUAGGUUCUUUCCAGUUUCCACGUCUUUCCCUACCAGUAAUUUAGGGGAGACGGGGUGGUUUCAUGUAAAGAGCUUGCAGUUUGGAAUCAGAACCUGGGUAUGUGACUCUACCAUUUUCUGCCCCUGUGGCCUUGAUGAAGCAAGUUACUUAAACUCUUGGGUUUUAACUUUCUCUUUAUAAUGCAUGAUUGCUCAUCUCCCUACAAAACAAGGAUUAAAUGUGAUGAUAUAUGCCAAGGUGCUUUGUAUAUUGUAAAGUGCUAUAUAAUUAUAAGAUGUUCUAAAUUUUCAAGGAACUAUACUGGGGAUUGGCAAAUAGUUUUCCAGAGAGUAACUACUUUAAGCUUUGCUUAUAUAAUUUAUGUAGGUGUUGAGACAACAGAUUAGACAUUUAAAGUACUUAGGAUAGUGCCUGGCUUGUAGGAAGCACCUGGAAAAUAUUCGCUGUGAUUACCAUCAGUCCAUUUUCCCAAGGAAGGAGCCAAGGUCCAGGCUCACUGAAGGACUUGUAUAUGAUUACAGUAGCAGUAGCAGAACCAGCCAUGUUGUACAAAUCACAACCCCAUUGAGCCUCUGUCACAUGAACUGCAAAAUGAGCUGAUUAGACAAAAUCAUCUCUUGGGACCUCCUAGUUCCACUUGCUAUCAUUCUACUAACUGGCACCCUAGGGUUGAAAGUGCUAAUCUGCUUUCCAAUGUGGCUUCCUUACAGUCUGGAACUGACAAGUAAACUGGCAGAAAACCAGGAAUCAGAGAAUCUGAUUUAGCUUUAAAGAUGUAAAUUACAUAUAUAGUAUACUAUAUAUUUUUUAAAGCAUUAUAUGCCUCAGAUAUCAGGGAAAAGAGCCCAGCCCUUGGUAGUUUGGUGAAUCCUUGUACUGAAUACAUGUCAAGUCAUUUUUGAAUGUGUCUCAGGGAUUUCUAUGCUAUACAUUAUUUUAACAAAUCAAGUAUUUAUGUACACAUUUCAGAUUUUUUGACAAAAUGAUUAAAA